AUGUUCCCCAACGUACUGGUACCAUCGCCGCUACACGGAUACUCCAGGCAGCUGUUUGCGGCCAAGGGUUCUCCGUUGUUCACAGCAUCCUCGGCAUUCCUCAUGGACAACCUACUGAACGAGAGGAGAACCCCGAACUCCCCGCCGGGCCCGGCUAGCCCCAGUCCGGACUACGAGAGCUCCGGAUCCCCUUGUCCCACGGACUACCGCGUCCACAAGUCGGAAGGAUUGUCUCCUGGACUCGGAGACUCCUCCGAUCAAGACCAUUCUGGAGACUCGGGUCGUUUGAAAGCGCGUCUGGAAGUCGCCCAUGACACCGAAUCAAGGACAGACAACUGUCAUGAACCCAAUGACAGAUGGUCUCCCAAGAGGGAUUUUGAAAACAGUUCACCACCUAGUCACCGUUUCUUAGAGGAAUCAGCGGAGGCAGUCCAGGUACGGGGCGAAGACCCAGGUACGAUGGAGUCAGCCAAGUCUCCGGUGGUAACUCCUGCACCCAACUACCCCUCGGACACGUUCCGUCAUUUCUACCACUCGGACGUGUUCAAGAGCUAUGCGGAGGGAGUGUUCAGACACGAAUACGACCAGCGGACUUCUAGUAGGUUUAGUGAACUGUACAGCGAUUACAAACAAAACGUAGUAGUGCUGAAGCCGAACAGUAGGCGAGCUCAGGACUGUCAGACUGAGAAAGAACCGAGUGCUCCAGUGCUAAAGUUUAGUGUGAACGCGAUCCUUGGACCAGAGCCAGGCAAGACACCACCAGUUACCAACCCUUUCUUCCAGACUUCCCAGUUUACCACCCAAUACAACCUGGAGUCCCGGAUAGCCAAGCCGAUCCCUCGCCCUAGUGCUGGGUUCACCGGACUACAACAUCCCUUGCUGCACUGUCGUCAACCCUACCUUGCAGGGCACAACAGUCUGGGUGUGCAGGGGACGGCCACAGUGUUUCCCCUACCAGGGGCGUUUCCCUGGGCUCACAGCUCGAGGGGCAAGCCGCGAAGAGGUAUGAUGCGGCGUGCCGUAUUCAGCGACCUGCAGCGGAAAGGCUUGGAGAAACGAUUCCAACUGCAGAAGUACAUCUCUAAACCAGAUAGGAAGAAGCUCGCCGAAAAGCUUGGACUAAAAGACUCGCAGGUUAAAAUCUGGUUCCAAAACCGACGAAUGAAAUGGCGCAAUUGCAAGGAGCGGGAACUUUUAGCGGCGGGUGGCAGCAGGGAGCAGACACUUCCCAACAGAAACAACCCCCAUCCCGACCUCAGCGACGCCAGCAACGAACCAGGGGUCCACCGGCGUCCAGGGGCUGAUGACGACAACAAUGAUGACGACGAAGAGAUCAGUGUCACGUGACGACUGUAGGCACACCUCAGAGAAAGAUUUAAAAUCAGCUUUUCUUUGGAUUGAAUCUCCAUCCCAGCAGAUGCGAUGAAGUGG